GCAUAGACGCAAGUCUGCACUCUUCUUAUUUACUGUUAUUUCCAAGAUGACGUCCUUGUUCUGCGUAGCCAUAUUGUCAUUUUAAACGCCUUCUCGAUGGUCUAUGAUACACUACACCAUCCUUUAUUUAGACGCUUUUCUAUCUUGGGCCAUGGCGUUGGCUUCCACUUUCUCCUGUUAUAAAUAACCCAGCUAUAAACAGUCCUGUGUCCUUUUCUUCUUCUGAAUGAUUUCUUUGGAAGCAAUUCCCGGGAGUGGAUUAUUAGGUCGAGGACAUGGAUGUUUUUAUGGCUCUCCAUGCAUGUUGCCACUUUGGCCCUGGCCUCCUUCCUUCCUUCCUUCCGCGGAGGCUCCCUGUACAGCUUGCCGGCUCAGCGGGAUGCUCCAGGAAGGGAAUGUGAGGAAGCUCACUCCGGCUGUGGCUCUGAGGAUGGACUGAGAGAGAUGUCAUGGAGGCCCUUCUGGAGGCCGGAAAGGCCAGCAGAGACAAAUGCCAACGUGGACAGCUCAGCACCCCCGUCGGUGGCCCAGCUGGCCGGGCGGUUUCGGGAGCAGGCGGCUGCAGCCACAGAGACACCAGCCACUAAGCCAACAAGAAGGAAGCCACCCUGCUCCCUCCCCCUGUUCCCCCCCAGGGUAGAGCUGGGCCAGAAUGGUGAGGAGAAAUCACCGCCCAGUGCUGGCCACCCGCCCAAAGUCAAGGUGAAGAGCUCGCCCCUGAUCGAGAAGCUCCAGGCCAAUUUAACCUUCGAUCCAGCGGCUCUGCUGCCCGGGGCCUCGCCCAAGAGUCCUGGACUCAAGGCCAUGGUGUCACCGUUCCACAGCCCCCCGUCCACCCCCAGCAGUCCUGGCGUGCGGCCCCGGCCUAGCGAGACCGAGGAGGUGCCUGUCAGCUUCGACCAGCCACCCGAAGGUAGUCACCUGCCCUGUUACAAUAAGGUGCGGACCAGGGGCUCCAUAAAGAGGCGCCCUCCCUCCAGGCGGUUCCGAAGGUCGCAGUCGGACUGCGGGGAGCUGGGAGAGGUCAGGGCCUCUCAGGAGAACGGCACCMGGGAGGAGAACGGGGAUGACGUCUUCACAGCCAGGAGCAGGGCCCCAGGGGUGCCCCCGGCCAGCCAGGGGCCAGAGGGAGAGGGGGACAGGGGAACCUCAGGAUGCGACGGGAAGCCAGAGGAGAAGGCCAGCACCCYAGGGGAGGCCAAGCAAGGGGAGGCCGGGCAGAAUUCAGAAGCAGCUGGCCAGAGCCCAGCACAGGAGGCCCCAGAAYCUUCCGGAACGGCCAGCCCAGAGCGAGAGGCUGGGCCAGGGGGCCUGGUGCAGGAGGAGGCAACCGGAGAGGAGAAGGAGAGGGCGGAGUCCACGGAGGAGAAGGGGGAGAGCCCUGGAAAUGGAGAGGACCCACCUGGACGCCAGGGCCAAGGUGCUGAGGAGCCAGAGCGYGAAGCUGUCGGGGACGAGGCCCCUCAGCAUCUUCCUGAAGACCUGAAGGACGGCCAUGUCCCUGCACAAGAGCAAGGCCAGGGAAAGCCAGAGGAGCCGGCAGCUCUGCAGCCAGGCUCCAGCCACGCCACACUGGAGGCCAGCAGCAAGGUCCCCACGUGCAUCCCUGAUACCUACCUACUCCAGAACUUGGAAUGUAAAAGGUUCCUAAAAAAUAUUUGUUGAGUGAAUGAAUGAACUUUAAAAGAGGACGACAGCCCCUUCCAGGAYACCAAAAUGUGAAAAGGAGCUCGUGGUCCCUAGUGGCAAAGCUGCUACAGACAUCUCUUUGGAAGUGGCAGCAAAAAUGGCAGCAGCAGCAGCAGCAGCAAAAGAAGCCAUCGCAGAAGCAGAAGAUGCCGUCUGACGCCGGCAGGGGACACAGGAACCCGGACGGCUGUUCCUGGCCUCCAUGCCCAAMGUCCCAGUGGAUGGAGAGUGAAUCCACGGGCAGCAGCUUAUCAGCUUGAGCUUGUGUCAUUUGAUGGACUCUGUCAAUGUGUAAAGCCACUGACUGUGGUGACAGCUCCCCAGGGACAGCCUGGGGACCCUGGGCACCCCCCCCCCUGCAGCCCACCGCCCUUUGAGCCGACUGGGCUGACCUGAUGCUGCCUGUGUACAGUUCAGCCUUUCGCUAGUCUAAGAUCUCUGUGGCUCUCCAAGGUCAGUAAAAGUUAACUUUGGGUGGGUGGAAAYGAAGAAAAUCAUCUUGCUAAAAAUAGAAUUCCUGUAAGUUAUAGAAACUCUUAGACUGUAUCAAAGCCCCAGAGACAGCUUUUCAGCUUCUGCACAGGUGAGCUGCCCGCCGAUUCUGAAAACACUGGGCCCAAAGAGAUACUUACUGAAGCCUUAAAAAGAAAAAAGGUUGGCUUACUCCACCUCUAGAGCGCUCCUGUCCACUUCUCCAGCUGAGACUCCCAGUGGGCGCUGGCUCWGGGCAAGCCUGCUGCCACCAGGAGGGGGCCGGAGGGACUCCACAGACAGCUGGUGGCCAAGCUGGGCCCCUGAGCCACGCUGGCUGACUCCGCCCGCCUGCCUCCCGGACGCUCCCUGCCCAUGCAGACACCCCCCUGCUCCCCUGGCUGGAGCCUCUCUCGGCCCUUCUGCCGGCCCAGGCGGGUCUAUCCUCCGGGUGGCUCGUGUUUAAUACCGCUGGAGAGGACAUGAGGUGCAAGGCCCGGCCACYGCUCCUUGACCCGUGAGGGGAGGGGUCCCUCGUGUGCCUGGGGUCUUCUCUGGCUUGGCAUCGAGUGCCUCAGCAGCUGCUGUGGCAGUGGGAGCCCGUCAGGCCACUCGGCCCUGACGUCACAACAGUGCCAGACAGAAAGGCCUUGUGUCUCCGGGGUACCUCAGGUUUCUCAUCCCACUUAGUCUUUCUAAACCCAGCACAGUGUUCACAUUUGAGAUUCUCAUGUAUUUUUUUCAAAUUGUUUUAAAAUAGUUUGUGACUUUGUAACGAACUUGAAACCCGGUUGGGACGAUACUGCGGUUGCUAUGAUAAACUCUAGAUUUUAA